UAAUUCAGUACUGUAGAAGAUAAUUGGGUGCUGGAAGCUUUAGUUUGGUGUUGGAAGAGUUAAUUCCUUCGAAGAGACAAGAACCAAAACCGAAACUUAAGUAAGAAUCACAUCACUUAGUGUUUGACUUCUUGUGAAGAAUCUGACAAGUGAUGCAGGUGUGUGAGGAAGGAUGGACAGUGUACGUGUCCCCACUGAAGAUCAGGACUGUGACGAUGUCCUUGAAGUGAGAGCGUUCUACAAAGAUGAAGAAAGUUCACCUACAAAGCCUCAGGAGGUUCUUGGUGCGGAAAGUGGUGAUACUGUCAUACAGCAGGAGAGAGCCAGCUCGCCUGUCCCCAGUUGCCUGUCCAUGAAGAGUGACUGGUCCAUGGAGCUCCCACUUAAACUAAAGCAAGCAGAUAACUCUCCUGGGCAACGGGCCUCUCUAGAGACAAAGAGCUCAUCUCCUCCAAGCUGUCUGUCCAUAAAGAGUCACCAGUCAAUGGAUCCACCAGUCAAAUUUAAAGACGGAGCACCUACUGAACAAAUGGGAGUGCAGGAAAGCUCAUGUGCUUCCAGCUGCCUGUCCUUGAAGAGUGAUUUGAUGGGUCCACCAGCCUCUUUCAAGGAGUCAGAGUUCUUUGUAGAUGAAAGGGACCAGCCAGGAAGAUCAGUCACACAAUCUGACCAGUGUGAACGGUCGUAUCUUUCUGCCACAUUAAGGAGCUUUGAGAAGAAGUUUAUGAGUUUGAUGGAACGGGAGAUGAAGAAAAUCAGCCGGAUUCUCAGCCCAGAUUACGCUGGAUCUGUGGACAAUUCAGAGGAAACGGAGGACAGCAAUGAUGCCAGAGAAGCAGCUCUAAAGAUCGCCCUGCACAUUUUAAAAGGCAUGAAAGAGCAAGAACUGAUUGAAAAGUUGACUAAAUUUGAACGUGUAUACACACUUCAGAAAAAACUCAAAUCCAGCCUGAAGCGCAAGAGUGAGCAUGUGUUUGAAGGAAUCGCUAAGCAAGGAAACCCGGCCCUUCUCAACAAGAUUUACACCGAGCUGUACAUCACAGAGGGUGGAUGUGGAACCCUGAACGAUGAACAUGAAGUGAGACAGAUUGAGUCGCUGAACCGAGUUCCAGUGGCACAAGAGACACCAAUCAAAUGCAAUGAAAUCUUUAAACCACUACCAGGUCAAGACAAACGCAUCAGGACCGUCCUGACCAACGGUGUAGCUGGUAUCGGAAAAACCAUCUCUGUCCAGAAGUUUAUCCUGGACUGGGCUGAAGGAAAAGCCAAUCAAGAUGUGCAUUUCUUGUUUCCGUUGCCUUUUCGGGAGCUAAAUCUCAUGAGAGAGGAGCAACACACCAUGGAGGGACUUCUUCACUGCUUUUUCAGAGAAAUGAAAAACUUUCCAUUCUCAGAACUUGAAAACUACAAGGUGGUUUUCAUCUUUGAUGGUCUGGAUGAAUGUCGACUUCCUCUAGACUUCAAAAACUAUGAGAGAUGUUCCGAAAUAACUAAACAGGCGUCACUGGAUGUUCUUCUAACAAACCUUAUAACAGGGAAUCUGCUUCCAUGCUCUCUGCUCUGGAUCACUUCCCGACCAGCAGCCGCUAACCAGUUACCCCCUAACUGCAUUGACCAAGUAACGGAGGUGAGAGGAUUCAAUGACCCCCAAAAAGAGGUGUACUUCUACAAGAGAAUCAGUGACCAAAGUCUGGCCAAGAAGAUAAUCCAUCAUGUGAAGUCCUCCAGAAGCCUUCAUAUCAUGUGCCAUAUUCCUGUCUUCUGCUGGAUUUCUGCCACGGUGCUUGAGAGGCGGUUGGGCGAAGCAGAGAAUCGUCACAUGCCCAAAUCACUGACUGAAAUGUACACCCAUUUCUUGAUCUUCCAGACAAUACAGAGAAAAGAGAAAUAUACAGGAGGGAGGGACAUGCAGCCUUGCUUGACCAAAGAAAACCUUCUUUCACUUGGAAAGCUAGCUUUCCAGCAACUCCAUAAACGCGACUUGAUCUUCUACGAAGAAGACUUGCAGGAAUGUGGUAUUGACGUCAAAGAGGCAUCCGUCUAUUCUGGAGUGUGCACGCAGAUCUUCAGAGAGGAGCUUGCACUAUACAAGAGAAAGGUCUACAGCUUUGUGCAUUUGAGCUUCCAGGAGUAUCUUGCAGCUUUAUUUGUGUACCUGUCCUGGGCUGGUGUCACUGAAUUUGACCAGCUUGAAGAUCAUACCCCCCAGAAGCUUUGCCUUAAUUCAACAAUUUUUGAUUUGCACAAGAGCGCAGUGGACUUGGCUUUGCGCUCAAGGCAUGGUCACCUGGACCUUUUUCUCCGAUUCCUGCUUGGUCUGUCCCUGGAAUCCAAUCAGAACCUGUUGCAUGAUUUACUGCCAAAGAAAGUGAGCACUGAUCAGACCUGCCAGGAAACCGUGACCUACAUGAAGCUCAAGCUUGGGGAGAACCUUAGGCCUGAGAGUGCUAUUAACCUGUUCCACUGUCUGCAAGAGCUUAACGAUCAUUCUCUCGUACAGGAAAUUCAAACCUACCUAAACACAAAGAGUCUCUCAGCAGAAGUGCUCUCGCCAGCACAGUGGUCAGCUCUGGUCUUUGUGUUGCUGACCAGUGAGAAGAAGCUGGACGUGUUUGACCUAAGAAAAUACAUCAAGUCAAACGAGGGAUACAAGCGGUUGAAACCCGUAGCCAAGGCAUCCAGGACUGUCAUAUUGUCUUCAUGCAACCUUACAAAGGACAUCUGUCACUCACUGGCCAGCAUUCUUGUUUCGAAGACUUGUGCUAUUACAGAGCUAGAUUUAAGUUACAAUUACCUGCAGGACAAAGGAGUGAUGCAACUGUGCAAUGGAUUGAAGAAUCCAAACUGUCGACUGGAGGUGCUGAAACUGGCAUUUUGCAGUUUCAAAAGCACUGGCUGUUCUUACCUUGUUUCUGCUCUACAAUCAAACCCUGGCCACCUGAGAGAGCUGGACCUGAGCUACAAUCUUACUGGAAGUGAAGCUCCUAAUGAUCUCCUGCCAUUAUUGCCCAACAGUAGGAUCGAAACACUGAGGCUUGCACAUUGUAACGUCACAAAGGAAUGGUGUGUUUUUCUGGCCUCGGCUAUAAGCGCCACACCUUGUCACCUUAAACAUUUGGAUCUGAGUGAGAACAACAUAGGGGACCUGGGAGCAGGAGUCUUUUGUGAAUUACUGAGCAAUGAAAAUUGUAAACUUCAAUCCCUAAGGCUGGUGAAAUGUAGCAUAACUUGGAAAAGCCGCAACAUGCUAGAAUAUGCAUCCAGCUCGACGUCCUGGUGUCUCAAAUCCCUUGACUUGAGUGACAAUGACCUGCAGGACUCAGGAGUAAAACAGCUUGCUUAUGAACUGGAUAAGCCGGCAUGCAAAUUAGAGAAAUUAAGGCUCUCGUCUUGCGGAUUCACUGAGAGAGGAUUCUCGGCCCUGGCUUCGGCUCUGAGAUUAAACCCCACGUGCCUGAGAGAACUGGAUCUAAGUAAGAAUUUCCCUGGCAAGAAAGCGAUGGAGCAGCUGUGUGCAGCUCUAAGACAGUCCACCUGCACUCUUCAAACAUUGUGCGUGGACCAAUGUGGCCUUGACUCAGAAAUAUGCGCCUCCCUUGCCAAAACCCUUAGCCAGAACUCGAGUCUGAGAGAGCUGAGUGUUAGCAAUAAUGACCUCGGCGAUGUGGGAGUAAGGAUGCUCUUCACUGGGCUACAGAGUGGACGUUGCACCCUGAAGAUACUGAGACUAGCUAACUGUUCCCUGACUGAGAGCAGUUGUGAGUUCUUGGCCCCUGCACUAAGCCCGAACACCACAGGCCUGUCAGAGCUGGACCUGAGCGGCAACAGCCUCAGCCAAAACGGAGCCAGUUUCCUGUGCUCGAUAUCGAACAUAAAUCUUACACUGUGAUAAGAACUGCUAAACCCCAUACUUUUUUCCUUUUAUCUCAAUUAAGAACUUGGGCAGAACAUGGAGUUUAGGACUGGAAUUAUAAUUCAUCUUCAAAGGUGUCAGAAGGGUCCAUUUAUGAAAUUUCUUAUCCCGUUUUUUAAUCAUCUGUUGGAAUAUCUGGGAGUAUUGUAUCUGAGUUUGUAUAAAAUUUAUGAGGAAGAAUUUUAAGUUUACAUGAUGUAAAGUUUAAAACCAAACUUAUAGAUGUUAAAAUCUUUUAGAAGCACUAAUUUUAAAAUUUGCAUGUAAAUAUAAAAACAAUAUUUAAAGGUAGGAGAGUUUUAUUUUUAUAUUAUUUUCAAGGCUUCAGAAAUACGCAAGGAAUAAAACACUUGGGGUUGUGCUGUUAUAGGAAACUAAUCAAUCAGAGGGUGGUGUGAUGCAGCCUGACAUGUAACGAAGUUACUCUUAUUGUCUGACGUGUUUUAUUCCUCUUAUACCACAGGAGUUUGCCAAUGAAUGCAAUUCUAUUUGUUAUCGGACAACACGUCAUAAGUUUUAUGCGUUUCUAGUAAUAUUUAAUGUUGUGGAACAUCCAAAAAACAAGUUCGUUCCUGUUCGUUCCUGUUCGUGCCUCUCUUUUUGUCUCAAAACUAGUUUUAGUCAAAAACUAGUGUGUCAUGUUACCAAGUCCUGAAGACUGUUGGAAAACUUCCUGACUGCUACAAAGCUCUGACACUGGAGACUCCUUCUGUAAAUGUUAAAUGUAUCAGUCAGUAAGAUUUCCGACAUGGGAAAGUCUUCGGGAAAGAGGCUAUGGUAUAAGAGGAAUAAAACACUUUGCAACAUGCUGUUAGUGGAAAACACUACCUACCCAGUCAUUGGUUAUUUUCCUAUAACCGUUGCUUUAAUGCACUUCUCUCAAAAAUCCCAGCCUGACACUCUGAUGUACAGUGUACAAGUUCAAAUGCAAGUGUUCUGGACUAUUCCAGCCAUUUCAGCAUGAGCUGUAUUAUCAGUGACGUAAUGUGAACUGGCCUUUGAGAUCAUUCUGUCCGUCUUCCUGGCUCGAGGACGCAGAAAGAGGAGGAGAUCGACAAGCAGGGAGGGGUCAAAACAAGGCAUCAAAAGAAAGACAUGCAUAAAUAUGAAAAGCUAAAAGAGGAGAGAGGGAGUAGGGAAGGGCAGAGUUCUGCUAGACAGAUGCAGAGAUUACAGAGGCUGAUAGAACUUUGGAGACGCUUGCUUUUCCAAUGUGGGCUGCACAAACAGUCGAGCCACAUAAACAGAUGUUGCAGAACGUAGAUUAUUGAGAAGAAGAGUCCUGAUAGAACAGCCCAGAGGGAGUUGCUAAAAUGCCCAUGACCACAUAAGAGCAAAAACGGGCUGUCUCCUUAGGAAUCAUUACUGCAGCAAGACUGGACUACAGUUUAUUGGAAAAAAACAAAAAAGGUACUCAUUUUUUUGGCAUUCAUUUCCUUAUGAAUCACAUUGUGCAACAAUCAACCCUACUUUAAACUGUGUAACACUUUUUAAAUUGUAAUGCCCAGACUAUGAUCUGAUUGUUUUACAUUUAAGUGUUUGUAAUGGCUGAAGUGUUUGUAUCUGUUACACGAUGUUAAUGUUAAUGUUAAUGAGAUCUACUACAAGUGCUGCAUGUUUUUGCUUGGCUGUGAGCGCUGAUAACUUGGCUGUGAGGAUUGGAGCCUAGUGAAAAGCCAUGAGUCAUUUGAAUUACUCUGAGUACUAAUGGGAACACAUUAUUUCUAUACAACACACUUGUACUUGUGUAUGCACAGCUGCAUGGCAGAACGAGCUGUCAGAAGCGUGUGCUGUUUAAUGCAUGGACACUCUGGGCAUCACUUACUGUAUCAAGUGUUUAGUAAAGUUGUGUGUAAAUGUUUUUCGUAGACCAAACUGAAUUAAAGAUUCCUGCCAGAUUUACAAAAAAUUCACUGAUCUUCUUUAUACUUGCAUGUGUAUGUUGAUAAAUGCUAGUAAAUCUGUAAAUUAAACAUGUUCCUGGGACAUUUACAUUUGGUCACACCUACAAAACUCCAUAAAAGGCAAAGCUCGCAGAGAAUGAAAACAAAAUGACGACUAAACAGUAAUGCAAUAAUGUAGCUUAGCCAUUACAGUGCAUCAUUCAGAGACAACAAUAUGAUGUAAUUGCAGAGCAAAUGGACAUUGUGCAGAGGCUUCGCUCACUGUGUCGUGUGCAGGCAGUUGGUCGAACUCUAUGGAUGAACACGCUAUGUGACCAAGCCUGUGAUUGGUCGUUACAAGUGAAUUAUGCCCAAGCUGAUUCAUUCCAAGAUGAAUGACUGAUAUAUCUUCUUACUGUAAUCAUAAAAAGUGUCAUAAAAUUUUAAUAGCGCCACCUUCAGUACUGGAGCACUUAUAAGUGACGGCCAAUACGAAACUGCAGAGAGUAAGUAAAUAGGAGCCUGUAAGCUUGCGAUGACCGUCUCGCAGACAUCGUCUCCAUAUCAAGUAUGGAUUUAUUCGUCUCAAUUUAUGCAUUUGCUUUGGAUUGGAUUUCUCUAAUUGGAUUUAAAUUUGACUCCAUAUUUAAAAUUGCAGGAACUCAUCAGCAGUUAUAUGAUUUGAAGCCAAAUGAUUGAGCUGUGUCUACUUACAUGUAAUUUACACAAACUAAGAAGGUGUUUUUCCAAACUAACUUUUCAUGAGUACCACAUUUCUUGUGUAAAUGCUCCUGGAAAUGUUUUACGAAUGAAUUCGAUCACAGCCAGCUUGAUAAAUGAGGGCCAUUAUGUGUAUAGUCUAACAUCUAUAAUAAACUGAGAGCUCUUGCUUUCCAGUCCAUUGUCAA